AUGCUUAAAAAAAAUGCUAAACAUAAGGGAAUUAAAUUCAUUGAAGUCACAUAUGAAAUGUUAAAACAAAAUAAGAACAGGGAUAUUAUAAGAUGGGAUGAGGAUGGAGUGAAAAUUCAAAUUCUUGAUAGAGAACUAUUAUAAGAAUUGGUUCUGCCUCAACAUUUUAAACAUGCCAAUUAUGCAAGCUUCUUGAGAUAACUAAAUCUGUAUGGAUUUAUAAGUAGUAAAGAUGAAUAAGGAGCUAUCACAUAUUAUCAUCCAAGUUUUGCGAAAUAACAAGUUCUUAUGAGAAACAUAUUUAAAAAAAAGAAUAAAAAAGAAAAAUAAAAUGAUUUUAACUGUUGUAGUUUUGAAGAAAAUGAGUUGCCGAAUUAAAUGAAAGCCCUUUAAUGUGAAUAAGUAAAGAUUCAACAAAAACUCUUUUCCUCAAUUUAAUAUUAAAUUAAAAUUAAAAAUAGCAUGAAAUUGUUUCUUUAAACUCAGCAUUCUUUAGCAUAAGAAGGUGAAAAUCUAUGUAAAUAAUUUAUUGAAAAUCUCAUCUAUCUAGUAAAAGGAAUGAAAUAAGAGUCAAAAAUUGGCUUCGAUCUAAUAUUAUAAUAAUAGUUCCCACAAUCUAUUCAAGAGGAUCCCUAAUCAACUUAAGUUAUAAGUGAGAUAGCAGAUUAAAGUAAUCAAUAUUUAUUUUCCCCUACACCUCUUGGAAGAAUGGAAUUUGAUUAAGAACAAAUUACUUCUUAUCAAAAUUCAUUACAAUUGAUGGGAUAGUUUUCAGAAUUUGGAUUUGAGCUUUGA